AUGGCGUGCAAGAUCCUGCCUUGGUACGUCUUGGUGCGUAACAUCUUGCAGAUGCUGAUCAGGAUGGUCGCCUUCCAAGAUUGCCCAACCCGUCCUGUUUGCAAAGCACGGCCAGUUCGACCUGGCCGAUGCUCCUGUGAAAGCGGGGAAAACAGCCUCUUGAGGCUCCUCAGCCCAGCCUUGGAUGCUGUGAUGCCUUUCCGGUGCGGAGGGCGGGGCCCGGUCUUCCUUCCGAAGUUGUCAUCAAACGAGAUGGCACGUGGUUGCAAAGGCUUGCCGGCAGGAGACCAGACCAUGGACGAGUAG